CACAGCUCCAGCUUUCCUCAUAAUACCCUCUGCACCUGCGAUUUUCUUCCUAACCUGCAACUCCAUCUCGCUUUUCUCCCUCCGUCUUUGCAUCAACUUGGAAGGCACCUGUGACUCUCCUCACCCUACAAUCGCUGCUGCCGUUCAUUUUCACGACUUGUCCGGAAGGAGCUCCUGGACUACAGGUUUUUCAUCGUCAGUUGCAAUGGCCCGUCCUUCCGAGUUGAGAAAGCGAACGCGCAGUAUUGUCGAAGAUGUCAUACAAAGCUCUCCCAGCAAAAGACUUCGCCGAUGCCGCCUGGCGUCCGUCUCAUUCAACGAUGAGAACCAGGACCCUGACUAUGAUAUCGACGAAAAUGAUAUCGACAACGACAGCGAAGGCGAGGAGGUGCUGAAGGAGCCGUCGCCGCGGAAGUUCAAGCGGAGCCAGUCACAAACCUCAUUAAAAUCCAAUCCUGUCACGCCCUCCGCUCCUCGGCAUCGAGAUGUACUCGGCUCUUAUCCCAGCACGCCGCGGCACGCGGUCAUGUCAGCCGGCAAGCUCUUUAAACGACUAACUCCCCAAUCACCUCUAACACCCACCACAAUCCAGACCGUGUAUCACCAGGCCCGACAGCUGUUUGCCAGAGGAGCGGAGCCUGGCCAGCUGGUUGGAAGGGAGGCCGAGCGAGAGCAGCUAACGACUUUCCUGGAUCGCGUUUCAACAUCAUCUCCUGGAGGAUGCAUGUAUAUCAGUGGUCCGCCAGGCACUGGGAAGAGUGCUAUGAUUACCAACAUAGCCAAGACUUAUUCUGAACAGGAAGGAGUUCGCAGCGCAUACGUCAACUGCAUGAGCAUCAAGUCAUCAAAGGAUUUGUAUCAAACACUACUAACUGCCCUGGGCGAAGACGGCAGCGAUCUAUCAGAAGCUGAAGCCAUCUCAUCUCUACAGAAAAUGUUCUUUUCCAAGGCUAAAUCGUCUGCUACAUAUCUCGUAACCUUGGAUGAAAUUGACCACAUUCUCACGCUGGAUCUGGAGAGUCUUUAUCGAUUAUUCGAGUGGUCAUUGGCAAAGUCUUCCAAGCUGUUGUUGCUUGGAAUUGCCAAUGCUUUGGAUCUUACCGACCGCUUUUUACCGCGUCUCAAGUCGAAGAAUCUUAAGCCAGAGCUACUCCCCUUCUUGCCGUAUACUGCAGCUCAGGUCAAAAAUAUCAUCAUUACCCGGCUGAAAUCCUUGAUGCCCGAAGGACAAGAGGGCUUUGUUCCCUUCAUUCAUCCUGCCGCUAUCGAGCUCUGUUCCCGCAAAGUUUCGAGCCAGACUGGAGAUCUACGCCGAGCAUUCGAGAUCUGCCGCCGAGCCCUAGAUCUGGUAGAAGCAGAGACCCGGUCAAAGCACGAGGAGGAAGCGCGACAGAAAUUCCUGCAAUUGACGCCUACCAAGAAACCCCUUGGAGAGAACAUCAACGGCAACUCGGCAGGCGGGUCCACUCGCAGCGUCUUUCAGAUUACCACAGCAUCACUUAAGGCUUUGACAGCGGAGACGGCUCCACGAGCAUCGAUUGGACAUUUGAACAAGGUGACAGCUGCUGCUUUUAGCAACGGAACAACUCAGCGUCUCAAGGCCCUUAAUCUUCAACAGAAGGCUGCCUUGUGUUCCUUGGUAGCCUAUGAGAAUCACAUUCGAACGAUGGCUAAGGGGGCUAGCGCGCCUCAUACCCCGAGCAAAUCACAGACAAUGGCGCCCACUAUCAAGAUACUCUUUGAUAAAUACUGCAAGCUGUGUCUGCGUGACUCUGUGCUUCACCCAUUGUCGAGCUCCGAGUUCCGAGAGGUGGUCGGUAGUCUCGAGACGCUGGGUCUUGUUAAUGCAGUGGAAGGGAAAACUGGUAGCUUUAUCAUGCCGCAAACACCUAGCAAGCGUGGCCGAAAAGUGGCAGCCGCCAGUGGUGAUGAAAAACGAAUCGCCAGCUGUGUUGGCGAUAAGGAGAUGGAGUCAAUCGCCGAUGGUAUUGGUGCCGAUAUUCUGCGAACUAUUUUGUCUGGCGAGGCGUUGGAUUGAAAAUAAAAGGAGAGCAUAUCGUAUGAAGUGUAUUAUGUUGUAUUAGCAUUGGUUUGGCGCAUUUGGUUUUUCUUCUUCUUCUUCUUUUUUCUUCGAACUGUCACGACUGACAGCAUUCAUUGGCGUUGAGAACUAGUUCUGAUUAUUUCGUUGAGCACUGAGCAUUACGAAGAGGUGUUUGUAUAUUGCAUGAAAAGGCGAGCAUAGCAUGUCAGAUAAGGACGUUUUAAACACACGUUAGCUGAUACAGAGAGAGGGUGUUUAUGAAACCAAAUGAACGAAUAAGGAUUCGAUUAUCUCAAUACUUCAAAUACAUGUGUG